AUGACAUCGCCAUCUUUUCCCUGGAAGAGUACACACGGCUCUUGCCAUGCCUUUAGAGACGUGUCUGUUGACCUGGGAGGUAAAGCUGGGGCGGCGCUCAUGUCGCUGCUGCUCGGCGUGGGUUGGGCCGGGCUCGGCACCAGCUUAGGGGCCACUUUCCAGCGCGUCAUGCAAGUCUUUCCUCAAACUGACGGCUGGGCAAUAGGUGUGCUGAAAGCCAGUGUUGGAGCCGGCGGGGCAGUACUGCCGGCACUGUACUUCGGUUUCAUGGGCGUGCGGCCUGGGCAAAGCAUGCUGGGUAUGAAAUUCUUUCCAGCCUACAGCAGUGGCAUCCUGGCGCUUGCAACCCUGGCCGUCACCUCGUGCAUGGACGCCAAGCCAGGCUUCUCGAGAUCCGAAGCGCGCGUCUUCUUGCGCACAGCGGUGGCAGUCAUUCUGAUCACGGCCGCCGCGACGGCAUCGAGCUUGUCUCCACUGGGUUCCAUCAGCAUGUCGCUGGCCGUGCUGGCCCUUUUGUUGCUGGUGCUGCUUUUGGCAGGGUCGACCUGCCUUCCAGACAAUCACGAAGAAAGCGGAGAAGUGUCAAGUCGCGGACAGCAAUCUGAGUCAACGCACAUCAUCAUACAGCAGGCCGUCCUGACUUGGGAGUAUUGGGUGUACAUUGCUGUCUUCUGCACCUGUGCCGGUUCUGGACAGAUGGUCCUCACGAAUUUGUAUCAGAUAGCUGCUGCCAGCGGCCAUGCAGACAAAAGCGAGGCACUCCUCUGCCUUGUCAACUUUGGAAGCAUGCUCGGGCGACUGACCUUCGGUGUCGCCUGCGAUGUGCUUCGGCGCCGACGUGCCUCCAGAACACUCUUGUUUGUGCUGUGUAACCUGCUAGGCAUCUCAGGGCAAGCUCUACUGUACCUGGCGGCAGUCAGUGGCAACGACCUUCUACUGUAUGUUGGAGCUGUGGUAGUUGGAUUUGGUUUUGGCGGCUCCUUUCCCACGCUGGUGAAUGUAUGCGCUGCACGCUGGGGGCAUGCCACACUCAGUGCAAAUUGGACAUUCAUGGAUGCUGUGGGCAACGGGUGCGCUUCCAUCCUUUUCGGCAGCAUUCUUGGAAGUUCGUCAUACGACCGGCAUGCUGAUGGCAGCCAUUCCUGCUUUGGACCGCAGUGCUUCGCACUGCCACACAUGGUCAUGGCAUUUGCCUGUGCCUUGGGGGCAGCCUUGUCUCUGGUGUUGAUUUGGAGACAUCCUCGCAACAGUGAGAUCCGGCGCUCUCUGUCCCAAUCCUUCAGGUUACGCUCGGAUGUUGCCCGCGUCGACAUUGCCCUUUGA